CGGACUGACGUGAACUCGGUAACAAACUGGAAUGCUCCUUUGGUGUGGGAGGGAACCUUCGAUCCAUUGGUCAUUGAUUCCAUUUACAAGAGCAUGGACCCAAGAAUUGCUGUGGUAGUAUUUGCUGUUGGCAAGUACACUCGUUUCCUAAAGAGCUUCCUAGAAUCAGGGGAGAAGCACCUGCUGGUAGACUUUCGGGUUACCUACUAUGUCUUCACUGACCAUGAAGAUGAGGUUCCCAACGUUAACCUGGGUAAGGGCAGGAAGAUCUCAGUUGUCACAAUCCCCAGUGCCAACCGCUGGCCGGACGUGGUCUUGGGCAGGAUGAAAUGGGCCACCAUCACCAUUGACAAACGGAUUCGUGGAGAAGCUGACUAUCUCAUCAUGAUCGACGUUGACAGUAUUUUCCACAAUCGUGUCGGAGCGGAGUCCCUCAGUCGGCUUUCAGCUGUGCUUCACCGUGGCUACUACAAGGGAAGCCAACUCCGGCCUGGCCUCCUCACAGAUUUGACACGACUACGUCUACAGCAGGAGUCCAAUACAGUGGUUCACCACGUCAACAUUAAGAGGGCGCUGCUGUUUCAUUCACUGUACUGUUAUGAGCAGUCAGAGGUAGACGCUAAGAACAAGAUCGAGGACGUCUGGCAGGAAGAAGGUCAUCUCAACAAGUACUUGUUAUACAACAAACCAACCAAAGUGCUGUCUCCGGAGUAUCUGUGGUCAGACUAUGACAGACAACCAAACGACACCAGAGUCAUAAGGAUCUCCCAGCUGGUCAAGAACUAUGCAGAGAUCCGGCCCAAUCAUGGACAUUAA